AUGGCAGAGAUUGGGGGAGGGGAGAGAGAGAGAGAGAGAGAGAGUCAGACGUUGGCAAAGAAAAUGUGUCAAAAGUACAGAUCUUUUCUUUUGGUAAAAACAAUUUUCGAACUGUUUUUUUUUUCUAAUCAAGACAUACUUCGCCAGGAAAUGGCUCUUACUUGGGAUUCGAUCAUUAAUUACUCUCCUUUUAUAUUUGUUGGUUUAAUUACUGUUGCUAUGCAACGUUCCCCUUUGAAGAAAUUAUUUCCUAGUUUAAAGAAAUAUUCUGUUGCCACUACUACAAGAACAAAAAUGACUUUGCCAGCGGUGUUAGAGGCUCGUAGACCUGCUCAAUGUCCAGAGUUUGAUUAUUCAACUCUCUCUAAUUAUAAGGACUUCACCGUUAAACAUACUACCUUGAAUAUGGAUAUUAAUUUUGAAAAGAGUAAAAUAUCUGGUAAUGUUGUGUAUCAAUUGAAUCGUAACCAAAACAGACAACAAAAUAAGCAAUUGAUUCAUUUAGAUACUUCUCAUUUGAUUGUAUCUUCUAUUCAAAUCGAUGGUAUCGAUACAAAAUCAUUCCAUUUAGAAGAUCGUGUGGAACCAUUAGGUUCCAAAUUGAUCAUUGAACCAUCGAAGGAAUUGCCUACAGAAUUUCAAUUGACCCUAGCUUUUGAAACCACUGAUAAAUGUACUGCUUUGCAAUGGUUAACUGCUAAACAAACUUCGGGAAAACCUUAUGUUUUUUCCCAAUUAGAAGCUAUUCAUGCUAGAUCUUUGUUCCCCUCUUUUGAUACACCUUCUAUUAAGAGUCCAUUCUCCGCUAACAUUACUUCUCCAUUACCUGUUGUGUUCUCUGGGAUUAGUUCUUCGGAUGUUGAAGGAACUAUGUACAAGUUUGAACAAACUGUCCCAAUCCCAGCAUACCUUGUUGGUAUUGCCUCUGGUGAUUUAGUCAGUGCCCCAAUUGGACCUCGGUCCACUGUAUACACAGAACCCUUCCGUUUAAAGGAUGCUCAAUGGGAAUUCAAUGGUGAUGUUGAAAAAUUCAUUACCGCUGCUGAAUCUAUCAUUUUCCCUUAUGAAUGGGGUACUUAUGAUAUUUUAAUCAAUGUGGAUUCUUAUCCUUAUGGUGGUAUGGAAUCACCAAAUAUGACGUUUGCUACACCAACUUUAAUUGCACAUGAUAAGUCUAAUAUUGAUGUUAUUGCUCAUGAACUAGCUCAUUCAUGGUCCGGUAAUUUGGUUACAAAUUGUUCAUGGAAUCAUUUCUGGUUGAAUGAAGGUUGGACUGUCUAUUUGGAACGUAGAAUUGUCGGUAAAUUACAUGGCGAACCUACAAGACAUUUCAGCGCACUGAUCGGUUUAACUGAUUUACAAAAUUCCAUUGAUUCAAUGACUAACCCAACAAGAUUUUCCACUUUAGUUCAAUGUUUGAAUGAUGGUACCGAUCCCGAUGAAGCUUUCUCUUCAGUUCCAUAUGAAAAGGGUUUUAAUUUCUUAUUUUAUUUAGAGAAUCUGGUUGGUGGGCCACAAGAAUUCGAUCCAUUCAUUAAGCAUUAUUUCACGAAGUUUGCUAAGCAAUCCUUAGAUACUUUUCAAUUCCUUGACACUUUAUUUGAAUUCUAUCAUGAUAAACGUGAUCUCUUGGAGACUGUGGAUUGGGAGAAAUGGUUAUUUACUCCAGGGAUGCCACCUUUACAAAAAUUCGACACCACUUUAGCUGAUAAUGUUUAUAUUUUGGCUAAGAAAUGGGUUUCUGCAGCUAAGGCACAAAUGUCAUAUGAACAAUUGUUGAAAGAGUUCCAGAACGAUGACAUUUCUAAGUUUAACGCAAAUCAAAUAAUGUUAUUCCUGGAGACAUUAACUACAGGUGGUAACACUGUUACUGAAACUUCCUCAUUCAAAUGGUCUGAUUAUCCAGAUGUUGCUAGAAUCCUAUUACAAAUUUAUAAAAAAGGAAUAAUGGAUUCUCAAAAUGCAGAAGUCGUUUUCAAGAUCUACAAAUUCGAAGUAUUAGCACAUUUACAAGAGCAUUACUCCGAGUUAGCUGAUUGGUUAGGUACUGUGGGACGUAUGAAGUUUGUACGUCCAGGUUACAGACUAUUGAACCAAGUGCAUCGUGAUUUGGCGUUAGCUACUUUUGAUAGAUUCAAAGAUACUUACCAUCCAAUCUGUCGUUCUUUAGUCAAACAAGAUCUCGGCUUGUGA